AAACAAUACUCGCUCAGUUAGCGCGUGGUUGAGCCCUACUUUUUUCUACUGCGUCGGUCAUGAACCCAUGGCCAGGGCCAGCCUUAAACUUAGGGACCUUGAAGAACAACAUCAAAGGCACGACCUAAUCAACUCUAUCCUCUUCUUCAGAACCCCUUUUUUCCACUGUAGCCCUUUGAAGCUUCUCUCUUGUUGCCGCGGUUUCCAGAGUACUGUAGACAGUGUCUAUGAUGCAAGACCAGAGUAUGCUUUCACAAGAAAAAGCUUUGGGUCCCAAGUCACGGAAAAAGAAACCCUCCAUGCAGAAGUCUUCCAUGCUUGCUGGAAAAGGAGAAAAUGUCAACAAAAUACAAGAAUCGAGGGCUCUUCCAAUUCAGAAGGCUCCGAAGUCAUCCAAGAGAGGCCAAGUAAAUGGAGUUGCUGCAAUUUUACAACAACCGGAUAAGUCAACUUCAGAUUCGUUGGCAGACUCUUCCCCUUCAUCCGGUAAUGAUUAUAGGGCGCUGAGACGCAAAUAUUUGCUCUUAGAGGAGGAUAGCUUCACACUUGGAAGGGAUUUGAAUGCUGUUGAAGAUGAGAUAAAAGCCCUUGAAGAAGAGAAACUAUCACUAUUAGACGAACUUGUAGUGUUAGAAGGCCUUGUCGAUCCUUCAGAGGUUACCAAGGCCACAUAAUAUUGACUUCAACUAUCUUGUUUCUGAGCUGACUGGUUUAGAGUAACUUAAGUUUAUAGAUGGAGAUCAUCAGUUGUAGAUAGAAAUGAAACUCUUCUUUGCCGUCCACGGUAGUUGAUUGUCUUCUUUUUUUUUUUUUUUGGUACAAAGGAGGAUGGUUGAUUAAAGCGAUGACAAUUUACGAUCAUGAAUUCACUGAACCAUUGUGGGUUAUACUGAACUAUGGAUUCGUAUACUUUGUGACUGCGGCUGGAUUAAGCUAGUGACUUAAACAGAACUAGACACUACAUUCUUUUUAGUUUCUCUUCUAAAUGCUCUUUAUGAAGAAUCAAAAAUCUGUAACGAGUUACCAAUGUUGACUGAUUAGUGGGAGAUCAAAUGUAACUAAUCAACUCUAGAAGUGAAUGAUCUUCACUUCAGUUUGGC